AUGUGCACCGGAGUGCCGGCCACCAUGUCCAGUCUACUCGCCAACAUCAACGCUUUCUACGCGCACACAUCGGCCUCCAGCAACCAGAGUGCCUCGGAGCGCUUCAGCGCCAGUAACUUUGGCGUAAGUUGCAUCCUCGCCACGGCAACUAGUGAUUAUUUGUGGAUAAAAGCUGAACUUCGAGCAGUCGCUUUGAUAAUUUAG